AUGGGAGCAGAUGCCGAGGAGCAAACACACGGUCGCAGCCGCGGAAGUAGGCACGGCGUCAAGAUUAGCCGCUGGUGCACCGGGCGCACGGGUUACCUGUUGUUGCGAGGUACUUGGGAUAUCCACGGGUCCAGGGUUGACUCCGCAGAGCAGGAGGAGGAUGCAGCAAAGGGUUUUCACUCGCCGCUCAGCUCCGUCACGUACCACGGAUAA